AUCCACACAUGCAGCUCCAAGCAUCGGUACGGCACUGAGCAUCGGUGAGGCAGGCGACGCGCGCCGCGCGAGAGAGGCGCCUCGCCUGGGGAGACAGGGAGGGUGGCCGAGCCCGAGAUGGCCGCCGCGAGGGAGGAGGACGAGGCGGCACGGCCGCUGCUUCUGCUGCCGCGGACGGCGCAGGAGGACCAGAAGUGGUGGAGGCGGUGGGCGCGCGAGGCCGGGUGGGUGGGGUACCUGGCCCUGCCCAUGGUGGUGGUGAACCUGUCGCAGUACGCCGUCCAGGUGUCGUCCAACAUGAUGGUGGGGCACCUCCCCGGCGUGCUCCCGCUCUCCUCCGCCGCCAUCGCCACCUCCCUCGCCAACGUCUCCGGGUUCAGCCUCCUGAUCGGAAUGGCAAGUGCACUGGAGACGCUAUGCGGCCAGGCCUACGGUGCGAAGCAGUACCAUAAGCUAGGCCUAGACACCUACAGAGCGGUCGUCACCCUCCUGGUGGUCUGCGUCCCCCUCUCGCUCCUCUGGGUGUUCAUGGACAAGAUCCUGGUCCUCAUAGGCCAGGACCCUCUCAUCUCGCAAGGCGCCGGGAGGUACAUGGUCUGGCUGAUCCCGGGGCUCUUCGCCAACGCGGUGAUCCAGCCGCUCACCAAGUUCCUGCAGACGCAGAGCCUCAUCUACCCGCUGCUGCUGUCGUCCGCGGCGACGGCGGCGGUCCACGUCCCCCUGUGCUACGUGAUGGUGUUCAAGACCGGGCUCGGGUACACGGGCGCCGCCCUGACCAUAAGCAUAUCGUACUGGCUGAACGUGGCCAUGCUCGUCGGAUACAUCGCCUUCUCCAGCUCUUGCAAGGAGACGCGCGCGCGCCCGACGGUCGAGGUCUUCAGGGGAGUCGACGCGUUCCUGCGUCUCGCCCUGCCUUCUGCGCUCAUGAUGUGUCUUGAAUGGUGGUCGUUUGAGCUCCUUACUCUCAUGUCAGGGCUUCUACCCAACCCAGAGCUGCAGACCUCAGUGCUUUCGAUCUGUCUCACGAGUGUAACAUUACUCUUCACUAUACCUUUUGGCCUUGGAGCUGCUGGAAGCACGCGAGUGGCAAAUGAGCUGGGCGCUGGGAACCCUGACGGAGCUCGAUCAGCAGUCCGCGUGGUGCUGUCCAUGGCGGGGAUCGACGCGGUCGUCGUGAGCGGAAGCCUUCUGGCGGCCCGGCGCCUCGUGGGCAUCGCGUACAGCAGCGAGGAGGAGGUCAUAUCUGCGGUCGCCGCCAUGGUUCCUCUGGUCUGCAUCACCGCCAUAACUGACUGCCUACAAGGAAUCCUCUCAGGCGUCGCCCGCGGGUGCGGGUGGCAGCACCUGGGCGCGUACGUGAACCUCGGCUCGUUCUACCUGCUGGGGAUCCCGAUGGCGAUCCUCCUCGGCUUUGUGCUGCGCAUGGGGUCGAGGGGGCUCUGGAUGGGCAUCGUCUGCGGCUCCCUGUCGCAGACCACGCUCAUGUCCGCCAUCACGUUCUUCACCGACUGGAACAAGAUGGCUGAGAAGGCUAGAGAGAGGGUGUUCAGCGACAAGCAGCCACAAGAGCCGGGGCCAUGAUUUGUACGCCGACUAGCGGCAGCUGCACAUUUUUCCAGACCGGUUUUGCAGGGGAUCGGAAGGCGUUUGCUUGUCAUUCCGUCGCAUUCACGAGGAGGGAGGGGGUCAUGCCUCCCUCCUGCAAAGUUUCUCACAAGGCAAAUGGGUUCUUGCUUUGAACUUCGCCUUCCUACGUUUGAUUUUUGUAUCAUGUAAAGUGGAGAGGAACAUGGAACGAACAAAUUGGACCUCAUAUAUGACUAACAAGGCGAAAAUCAUCUCAC